AAAAAGACUUCCCCUUCUCAUCUUUUGCCAAAGGAGAGAGUGGAGGCUUCGAGUUGGUGGCUUUUUCUCUCGGCAUGCAGGAUAGAAUAUCACAUAUGGGCUUUGUAGGAGAAGACUCCUAGAGAGUGAAAGCAAAGAAAGAGAGAGGGGAGGGGAGAGAAAAGAAGCAAACUAAAGCCACACCCCUAGCAAAUUAAAGCGAGAAAGAGAGAACAUCUCAACACAAGCUAGCUAGCAAGGCAGGCGCGCCAGGCUGCAGCAGGCACUAGCACACAAGCAGCAACACACAUGGCAUAGGCCUGGUCCUCGUUCUCCGCGCCGCGCCGAGCGAACCCUAUUCCUUGUUCUUGAAUCUCUCAUCCCCAAUCCUGAACCAGUGCACCGGGUGAGAGGAGAGAGAAUUAAUUCGGGAGAUCUAGAGAGAGAAGGGGAGGUGGUGCGUGGGAGCUGAGGGAUAGAAUAGAAUGUUCCCUUCCAAGAAGGCCACUAGCACCGCUGCCGCCGUGAGCUCAAAUGAUAGGCCGAUGUGCGUGCAGGGCGACUCGGGCCUCGUCCUCACCACCGACCCCAAGCCGCGCCUCCGGUGGACCGUCGAGCUCCAUGAGCGCUUCGUCGACGCCGUCACGCAGCUCGGCGGCCCGGACAAGGCGACUCCGAAGACCAUCAUGAGGGUUAUGGGAGUCAAGGGGCUUACUCUCUACCACCUCAAGAGCCACCUCCAGAAAUUCAGGUUAGGGAAGCAGCCGCACAAGGAGUUCAACGAUCACUCAGUUAAGGAUGCUGCAGCAAUGGAGAUGCAACGAAACGGGGCCUCUUCUUCGGGCAUAAUGGGAAGAAGCAUGAACGACCGCAACGUGCACAUGAAUGAGGCUAUCAGAAUGCAAAUGGAGGUCCAAAGAAGGAUACAUGAGCAACUAGAGGUCCAAAAGCACCUCCAGAUGAGGAUUGAAGCCCAGGGGAAGUACAUGCAGUCCAUCCUGGAGAAAGCGUACCAAACCCUCGCCUCCUCCGGCGACGUCGCGGCGUGCCCGGCGGGGUACAAAUCCCUAGGCAACCAGGCGGUUCUCGACGUCUGCUCCCUCAAGGACAUUGGCCCUUCCAUGGGCUUCCAUUCCCUGCAGGACCUGCACAUGUAUGGCGGCGGCCACCUGGACCUGCACCAGCAGAUGGAGCGGCCAAUGGAGAGCUUCUUCGCGUGCAGCGAGAGCAGCAUUGGCUCGCUGGGGAAGAAGUGGCCCAGCCCUUACGUCACCUCUGGCAAGAGCCCGAUGAUGUGGAGCGACGACGAGCAGGGCAAGAGCGAACAGCUCCAGAUGGCGCCACCGUUGAUGGACGGCGGCGUCGACGCCAUGGACUCGAUCGGCGACGUGUACGGCGACGCGAAGCCUAUGAUGUCCGGCGACUCCACGGGGAGCAAGGGCUUCGACUGCAAGCUCGAGAGUCCGUCGCCGCGGCGGCCACACAUGGGCGGCGAGAGGAUGGGAAGCCCGUCGGUGAUCGGAGCUCAGAUGAGGAACCUGUCCUACGGGUAAUUACUAGCUAAUUAUUGAUUGACUAGUGCUUAAUUUGCUGUGAAACUAUAGCAGAUGAUUAUUAACCGGUGCAUGGCUAAAAAUAAGUAUAGCUGGAGCAAAAUGGGGAAUUGAGAUAUAUAUAGCAUGUGUCAUUGACGAUCAGGAUGAUCUUACAUUCUUACUGUGGUGCAUCACUUGUUGGAUGAUGCUCCAAGAUUACCUAUUUUGAAGAUGUACGUUCUAUGUAAUUGUGUUGUUGAGAUGGGUGUAAAUGCACGUGCAAAAUUGGUAAUUGUGCAUGCUGAGGAAACAACCUUUCGUUGAUCCUGAGGCAUGUAAUUGUAUCGAAGAACAUGUUAAUGGAACUUUCUGAUACUUAUAUUGUACUAGUUAA